AUGGCUUCCUGGCUGACGGGGCGUGUCGCUUCAUUGGUGAAGGAACCCCGGCAGGCUUGGCCAGCUGCCGAUGAAGCGCAGCAGACGCUGGAGCAGAGAGCUCGCGCUCUCACAUCACCUCACAGCGCUGCCUGGCUGCUGUCACACUGGCUGGAGCAAUGCAACAGCUCGGAGGUUUACGUGCAGUGCCAGGGCGCGAGCGGCUCCCAAGGAGGCGCUCGAGCCUGGCAGCUCUCCUUCCAGCAGGUCCUGCUGAGAAGCUCUGCCUUUGAACUCGUGCUGGAGGUUUGCGCCAAAGUCCCAUCGGUCCGUGAGGCCCUCACGCCAGGCCCUGCCUCUGCCUCGGCAUUGCUCGAGCAAAGCAAGUCUUUACGGCAGGCGCUGCACGGCAUGGCGGAGCGCUUGCUGCUCCCUGGUGCUCUUGAGGUGUGGCCAUCGCUGUUUGACGCCUUGCUCUCGCGAGAUUCAGCGGGUGCCUUGCCCUGGGAUUCCUGGGCCCGGCGCCUCGUCGCGGCAUUGAAGAAGCCUUGGCGACUGGAGUCACUUUGGCCGCAGCUUCGCCGCUGGGACACUGCGGCUGCUGAGGAGCUCGGAGGUUCAGACACUGCCAGCUCCACGACGCUGAAGGCAACAGGUGCGCAGGGACUCUCCAAGCAGGGCAUCCGAGCAGAGCUGAUCCGGAGGCGCUUCCCGCAGCUUGCUUUGGAAGCCGGUCGCUUGCGGUCCCGCAGCGAGGCCUUGUGCGACGGCCUGGAAGCGCUGAGGACUGUUGAUGGCAUGGGUGGUGUGAGCUGCAAGGAGAUCGAGCAGCUGAUCCAAGAUGCGAGCCUGGCAUUGGACUCCCUUGACAGUGGAGUUCAGGGCUCUCGUGACGAAGCACGUCAGCUGGGCCAGGCUUUGUCUGAUGCUGGCAGUGCUGUCCAGCGUCAGAUGGCAACCGUCAUGCUGACACAGGAGACCUUUGUCGCUCGCCGUGGCCAGCUGCAGAACGAGAAAGAGCAGCUCGCAAAGCGGCUGCAGGAGCUGGACGCCGAGGUCACACAGCUUGAUCAGGAGGCGAGUCGUUGCAAUCAACAGAUUCGUCAGCUUCAAGCCCAGUUCAGCCACAACACCAGUCACUACGAUGGACUCCUCGGGGGCAGCGCGGCCUUUUCGGAGGAGCUUGGCGACCGCAAAGCAAAGGCCAUGGCGUUUCGCGACUGCGCUGCUGCAGCUUUGAAUGUGGCGAAAGCUGCCGAGGCCAAGCAGCGCACGGAGCUCGAAACCCAGCGCAGGCGCCGGGCCUCCGACCUACGCCGGCAAGUCGCCGCUUAUGUACGCAAGGAGCGGACUCGAUUGGAGGCAGCUGCGGAAUUCGCCGAGCUGGUGGCAGGCCGUGGGACCGGCAAAGCGACCCCGCCGCGGGAGGAUGCGGCGGAAGAGCUGAUGGAGGCGACCGUGCUCGCUCAGGAGGUCUGGCGGUCCGUGCAGGUCUUGUUGCAGCGCGUGGAUGCCUUGGGCGAGAACAGGGCAGAUUCUGAGGUGAUUGCUUCAUCAUCAGAGAUGCUGGCAAGCAGUGCUGAAUCACAGGCCUUCUUCCUCAAAGCAGCCGAGGAGGACCUCUGCGUGUGCGCCGAUUGCUCCGCUUUGGGGUCCGAGUGGGCUUCUGUGUCCUACGGCAUCUACCUCUGCGUGGAUUGUGCCGGAAGGCACCGUGGCCUGGGCGUCCACCUCAGCUUCGUGCGAAGCUUGGCCAUGGAUCGCUGGACGCCAUCCCAGCUCCGACGCAUGGAGCUUGGAGGAUCGCUCCGCUUCCGGGCCUUCUUGGCACCCUUCGGCCUCUGCGACUCCUCGGACUCCGCAGACUCCUCACUCCACGCACGCUAUUCGUCCCGGGCCGCUUCCUUCUACAGGCGCCGCUUGGACGCGGAAUGCCGUGGACAAGCUUUCGGCGACGUUCCGCCAUCGCGUGAGGAGGGGCGUCAGAUCGCCGACCCGGCGACGUUCACGGCAGAAGAGAUUGAUCCCGCUGCCGACGGUGAAGGUGAGUCUUUGGCUGCUGAGCGCCAGCAACUCGAGGAGAAGUUCCUUGCAGUGCAGGGAUGGCUGCAACAAGUUCUGCAGGCGCUUUGCCCCACUGUCUCUGACCAUGUGCCACAGCACUCAGUUUUUGACAUUCUUCAAUGGGUUUGGGAGGAGUUCGACUCGAGCAUUCAUCUGGUGGAAGAGGCGGUGCACCAGCUGCUGAAGAAGAGGGGAGUGGACAGGCCCCCUGGGAAGUUGCGUUUUCGCCAUGUGCCCCGCGCUCUUGCGGCGAGGUCGCUGUGUUCUCUGAAGGAGAUUCGAUACUCCUUAGUUGGAAAGUUCAUUACAGCCUCUGGCUUGGUUGCGAGGAUAGGGGUCGUCAAGGCCGUGGCCGCAACUCGGUCGUUUCAGUGCGCUGCUUGUCGGCGCAGUUUCUCGGUGGCCUCCUUGGGGGCGCUUGGACACGAGGCUCCACACUGCCCAGGAGGCGAUGGGCUUUUCUGUGGCUCUACGGAUUUGCAGGAGCUUGGAGGUACGAUGACAGACUAUCAGGAGAUUCGGCUUCAAGAUGUGGUACCAGGGAGCGUUGGCACAACGUUGAAGGUCAUUCUGGUGGCUGAUCUUGCGGGCAGCGCAGUGCCUGGUGACAUUGUGGUCAUAGGUGGCAUCCUUCGGGCCGUCUGGCCUCGUUCCAGGGCGGUGGCUGAGCUUGUCCUGGAUGCCUCAGACGUCCGCCAUUCAAAGGAGGUGCCCUCGCGGUCGCGUUCGCUGUUCCUGGGAGCGCCCAGCGAUGCGAUGGCCCAGCGCGCGGAGCUCCUGCGCAGCGUGGUGCCAGGCCUCCAGGGCCUCGAGGUGGCGAAGCUGGCCCUGUUGCUGACGUUGGUGGGAGGUGGUCCCUACAAUCCACCUGUGCCCGAAGAGGUGGAGAGGUGGUCCCGCUUCAUGCCGGAGGAUGAGAGCGAUGCGACCCCACCGGCGGGGAAGAAGGGCAUCCAAGAAGCCAAGAUGCGGCUUUCAACCCACCUCCUUUUCGUCGGGGAUGCGGCAACUGGAAAGACCAAGCUUAUCGAACAAGAAACAGCCUCUGUCGCUGACAUGGCGACUGUGCGGCCACGGAGAAGCAGCCGGACCGUGUUAAUUUGUGCAGGGGUGGCCCUCGCCGGUUUGAGAGGAGGCUUCGUGUUGCCGACCGAGCGAGCAGGAGGGACUCUGCGCAGCUCCGGCCGGCAGGCUCACAUCUGCCGCGCUGUCCCCUUGAGGAUGGCCGAGGGCUACGAACGAGUGGAGGAUGAGUCGAUGUUCUCCAUGAUUGUCGAGACUGGCACCUCAUCACCGUCUGUCACUAAGCUGGAGGUCGUGUUGCCGGAGGAGCGUGACCUCGAGCCAAUCUCUCACCUGGUCUUAAGCUGCUUUCCGGAAGUGGUGGAUGCCUGGCUUUUGCCAGAGGCCCUUGGCGGAGUUGCCUGGGCCUGGAAUGGCCUUGUCAAGGCCUGGGAAAGGAGCGUCAUUCGGACAUCCUUGUCUGUGAAUUUCCAACGCGUCAUGAAGCGGCCCUCGUUGCGAAAACCAUGGCGAUGGCAGUUUGAGGGUGACUCUUUGGGCCUCCUCCUCGUGGAAGAAGGUGAUGGGCCGAUUUCUCCAGUGGCCUUCUGCGAGCUCUGCAUUUUGCCAGCAAGCGGCUGCUCUCCAGAUGAUUUUGGAGCCACGAUGUCCAUGAUCAUUGACAACAACCAGAAUACUGCACAGCCUUAUCUACAGAACUUCUGUGUGGCACCAAAGUGGCGCCGCAAGGGCGUGGGACGCGCCAUGCUUCAGAUGAUCGAGAAGGUUGUCGUCGAGGUUUGGAACGGCGAUCGUUUGUAUCUACAUGCGGCAGGGGGCAAGGCUUCAGAACGCCUCUACGGCGGCUGUGGUUACGAAGCCACAGGUCUAUCACCUCCUGGUGAGCCGAGUCACAUGGUGAAGAGCCUCGAAGUGGAAGAUGUCGGGCUUCCUGACAGUGAAGAAGCACAAGAGGUCUGCACGCGGAGUCUCACCCAUCUGUGCAUACAAGCGGAAGCUCUUGCCGUAGCAAGGGAGACCUUGCACAUGAUCAUUCCGCUGUCGCGGCUGCGGAUCUUUCCGCACAUGGAGUUUGCUGCAGUGCCAUCGGAGCCACGCGUUCUGGGUCUGCUGACGGUCGCAUGCGUCCGAGACGGUGCAGGGUGGAGCCUUGAGGCAGGAGCUUUGUCGCUGGCUGAUGGUGGAGUUUGCUGCAUAGAUGAGUUCCGGCAUCUUGCUGCAGAAGAAAAGGCAGCCCUCUACGAGGCUGUUCGCAUCAGUGCUUCUUAUUGUUGA